UGGAGUGGGAGCCUAGUUGUUAGAGGUGGCUUGAGCUUGGAGGACCCAGGUUCAACUCCCCGGGUUUGUAACAGCGGUUAACCAUACUGUAGAUAAUCUCGAGCUUUUGGUUUAUUUAGAUGAAAUCCAUGUGACUCCCAGUCCUUAGUUAGAGAGAACUGUUGUGUGACCAAAGUGUCAGAACUGGGCUUUUGUUUUUAUGAGCUGUGCCUGUUUCAUCAUUUAUCACCAGCUGAAUAACUGUCCUGUUUUGCAAGUAUAAAUAUUGAUUUCAAUGUUGUACAUAAGUAGUUAUCAGUAUAUAGUAAAAUAAGAUGACAGCUGUUUAUCUAAAUGGUGUCGGGCUGACCAGUAGAGGGGAGGAUGUGAUAAAACUACCUCUUUUACACAGAAAACAGGUCAGCUGUUAGAAAUUGGAAAUGGCACUUUAAUUCAGUGUUGCACUUGCAUCAAUCAGAUUUUGACCCAGUUACUCAUCUGAAGGGGCACGCUCCUUGCACUAACAGCUUGCCAUACUACCUAGAUUUGGUCAAAUGUUUUGGUUUAAGUGGAGGUCAGGUGGACAGGAGGUGGUUAGUUUCUACUUGACAGCCCCAUUGUUUGUUUUGUGAUAAGAGACAUUGUGGGUGACAGUAGGGGGGUGUUUAAUGACCAGUGUAGCUUGCAGAUAUAUCCACUCACAGCCAGCUCACUGCACAUAAUCCAGAAUUCCUUCACUUCGUCUUGGACUAUAAUAAGACUCACAUGGGUACACAAGCAACAUGCUCGGAUAACUGUGUUAAAACCAGACAAAGCAAACUGAGGAACAAUUUUGACAAGAAAAACUGGUUGGGUGUUUUGGCAACACCUGAUGCUGUUGCGUCUCGUCCAGUUGCUCAGUUGUCAAUACCCAUCAAUAGUAAUUUUCAGAUCGUGAGAGAAGCUGAAGAGGCACUCCUUAUUAACCUCUCAGAAGAUUCCUCAAUUAGAAUACGGAUCAAAGGAGAAAAAGCACCAGAGCUGCUGUUGGAGUUCCAGGAUGAUGACCGGACUCAGACGUUCUUUACCCAAGUGAAGAGUGCUCAGCUACAAGUUUCAUCUCAGUCAAAAGCAAUGGAGCCCCUUACACCAAAUGCCCAUAGAGGUCCAGUCCCCAUCCCACCGCAAAGAGCAACCAAGACAGCUAACACAGUGAGCGCUGGUCUCCACACAUCCAAAUCUACGAGUGCACUGCUUAACAACAGCACUUCAAAAAGUUGGAAAAACACAGAACCAGCCCAGUCACUUGGUCCAGGUUUAGGUUUCGAGGAGAGUUUCAACAACUCUCUCAAAGUGGAAGAGAAGAAGAAUCAGCAGAAUCGUAUAGUUGCCUCCAGGGAGCCUCCACCCAUUCCCCCUCUACCACCCCGCAGAGUGUUCUCCAAUCCAUCAAAUCCUCUUCCGCCUGCACCGGUCCCGAAAGACAGAGCAGUCUCCUUACCGGUUGGAGACAACUCCAAGGCAGAUUUAAGGUUGGGGUUUGACAGGGACAGACCACCAUCUUGGUGUGACAGUCCAACAAGAAAGGCCAUGCUCUCCACCCCGGCAGGACAAAGAGAGUACCUCUUAAAACAUCAUCUGUCUAAGAAGGAGAGCGAGUAUGUGAACAUUCGGCCCUACAGGUUUUUUGUAGGUACUUGGAAUGUCAAUGGUCAGUCCCCAGACAGUGGUCUUGAGGCUUGGCUCGGUUGUGACGAUGAACCUCCUGACAUGUAUGCUGUGGGUUUUCAGGAAUUGGAUCUGAGCACUGAAGCUUUUUUCUACAUGGACUCAUCCAAGGAGCAGCUGUGGGCUGAGAUGGUAGAAAGGAGCUUGCACCCAAAGGCAAAGUACAAGAGGGUUCGGAUUGUACGACUCGUUGGGAUGAUGCUUGUGGUCUUUGUAAAGAAAAUACACAAGAAUCAGAUUAAAGAAGUGGCUGCAGAGCACGUGGGGACAGGAAUCAUGGGGAAAAUGGGGAAUAAAGGAGGCGUUGCCGUGAGGUUUGUUUUCCACAACACAAGUUUCUGCAUUGUCAACUCACAUCUAGCGGCGCACGUCGAAGAUUUUGAGCGACGAAAUCAGGACUAUAAAGACAUAUGUGCCCGCAUGACCUUUCACUUACUGGACUACCCUCCAUUGAGUAUCGUCAAGCACGAUGUAGUAAUCUGGCUUGGGGACCUAAACUAUCGUCUCUUUAUGUACGAUGCUGCUGAGGUCAAACAGCUCAUUGCAGAGAAUGCACUGAAGAAGCUUCAGGAGGUUGAUCAGCUGAACAUUCAGAGGCAGACAAAAAGAGCCUUUACAGACUUCAUGGAAGGAGAGAUUAACUUCAUUCCCACAUACAAGUAUGACCCCAAAACGGAUCGAUGGGACUCAAGUGGGAGGUGCCGUGUUCCGGCCUGGUGUGACAGAAUCCUGUGGAGGGGCAACAGUGUCAAGCAGCUCAAAUACCGAAGUCACAUGGAACUGAAAACUAGUGACCACAAGCCCGUUAGCUCCCUUUUCUCAGUAGGGGUGAAGGUUGUGGAUGAGCACCGCUACAAAAAAGUGUUUGAGGAGAGUGUUCGGGCAAUGGACAGAAUGGAGAAUGACUUCCUUCCAUCUGUGUCUCUAAGCAGGAGAGAUUUUGCCUUUCAGACUGUAAAGUUCCGGCAGCUUCAGAAGGAGCCCUUCCUAAUAACUAAUGACGGGCAGGUACCCUGCCACUUUGCUUUCAUCCCUAAACUCAAUGACUCGCAGUACUGCAAGUCUUGGCUGCGUGCCGAGCCAAGUGAUGGACUCUUAGACCCAAAUGAGACCCUGGAAAUCUAUCUCGAGGUGUACGUCAGCAAAGACUCUGUCACGCUGCUGAACUCUGGGGAAGACUCUAUAGAGGACAUUCUGGUACUCCAUCUGGACCGUGGCAAGGACUACUUUAUCACCAUCUCCGGCAACUACCUUCCCAGCUGCUUUGGCACCUCGUUGGACACUUUGUGCCGCAUGAAAAAGCCAAUCCGAGAGAUCCCCAUUACCAAACUUAUUGACCUGGGAGAGGACAGCUACAUGGAAAAGGAAAAGUCGAAGGUUAACUUCCUGAUGGUGGAGGGAGCAGGUACGGAGGACAAACCUUUGAAGAUCCCCAAAGAGGUUUGGAUUCUUGUCAACCACCUCUACACCAAGUCCUGCGAUCAGGAGGACUUGUUCCAGACACCAGGCUUACAAGAAGAACUCCAGAGUAUCAUUGAAUGUCUGGACACCAGCAUCCCAGAGUCCAUCCCUGGUUGUAACCACUCUGUAGCCGAGGCUCUGUUGAUCUUUCUGGAGGCCUUGCCGGAGCCAGUGGUGUGUUACGAGCUCUACCAACGGUGCCUAGACUGUGCACAUGACAGUCGCCUCUGCAAACAGUUAAUCUCUCAGUUGCCCCGGGCUCACCGCAACGUGUUUCGCUACUUAAUGGCCUUUUUGAAAGAACUUCUCAAGCACUCAGACAAUAAUAACCUAACAGCUAACCUCAUAGCUACCCUUUUUGCCAGCCUCCUCAUCAGACCACCUCCCAACGUGGCGAGCAGACAGACGUCACACGACCGACAGAAAGCCAUCAACUUUGUUCUGGGUUUUCUCAUGGCAGGAGAUGAGGAGUAACUUAGAUCCAGGUUUCUUCACAGUGCCGGAUGGGUUUGGAGCUUAUUGUCAAGUCGGCUCACCUGCUGCAAUCUACCUGGACCUUUGUCACACUGUGUAACUGAUCCACUCGGUAGUUUUUCAUCUACUGGAGACCAGUACAGCUGUUUUUCACCUUAGCUUUUGCUAAUCUUACAUAAGGGGUACCGGAACUUUGAUUUAAUCAGUGAUGAUUUUAACAGGUGUCAUAAAGAAUUGAACUGAUUCCUAUGCACUUUUUUCCGAUGACCUGAGGACGAGUGCUCCUGACCAGACUUAUCCGCACCCUCAGCUGACACUUUUUUUGUUUUAGGUGCUUAUGCCAAAAUGACCCCUGAACAGUGAGCGCUAUUAAUGUGAAAACACUAUGGAUAUGUAGAAAUUUAAAGGAAAAAUGACUUACACUAAAUAAAAAACGACUAGAUACUGUAUGUACAAGUAUACUAAUUAAAACAUUUAUCAGUCUGAAGUGGGAUAUAAUUCUAUAACAAAGAAUGUUUUAGCUUAAGAUAAAUCAUGACAAUCAUUUGUUGCUGCAUUUUAGCUGUGGGAGCAGAUUGUAAGAUAUCUUUGAGAGUUAUUUAAAAUAUUUGUUGUGUUUUAACUGUUAUGUAUAUUCUUGCUCCAAGUUUGCACCAUUUGAAUGGCUACCCCCCCUUACUGCAGUAACAUUUAUUUUAGGCCUGUGUUGGUUUAAAAAACAAAGUAAUGAAUUGUUUUUAUCGCUAUGUUAAAGACAGCUCUGUUAUGAAUAUGUGCAGUAUAUUGUGUAACUACAGUUGAGCGCCUUACCUUAAGUUUUCAGUUCCCCUCAAGUUGCAAAACAAGUCUGUUAACACACUAACUUCCCAGUCAACCAGAGUGAUCCACCCUCUUUGGUUAUUGUCUUUAAAUUAUGUAAAUAGUGAGCGUUACAUUGGUGUUUGACUGUGGUGGUGCAAGUCUGUGAUAUGUCUACAGUUUGUCAUAUAUGUCAUGACAGUGGUACUUUUCAACAUUGGUGUAUGUUUACAUGUGUUUUUUUUUUUCUAACUUCUGACACAUUUGAAGCUCAUUACUUAUUGUUUUAAGACUUGAUACCAUGGCACAAUGUUAUGUAAGGCUCUUUUCAGUGCAGCAACAUUUUCUGGGAACAAGUCUUGCACGGUUUAAUGGCUCAUUACUUUCCAGACUACAGCCCACCCUUCUUGCUCCGUUGUGCCACAGAGGAACACUUUUUCUGCAUUUGCUGUUGCAACACAUACCACUGGAAUUGUAAUAAGGAACUUCUUAACUGCGUGAGACUGAAGGUUUCCUCUUUAAAAGUUUCAGGAGUAGGUUUCACAUUAGUUUUUCACUCACCUUCUCAGCAUCAUCUGUAAAUGUGGUGGUCUCAGGUUUUUUUUUAAAAACCUAGAGGAUUUAAAUCGUUGUCAACAUUAAGGCAUGAUCAAACAUGAAAAUGCUGAAAAUCAUGGCUUAUUUCAUUUCCUGCUGUGUUCAAGUAGCUCUUCUCGUCUUUGCCUUGUUGCCAUUAACAUGUUAAAUUCUUCUGUUGGCCUUAUUGAAACAGCUUUGUCAAAAGGUGGCGUGGAAAAGAAUUCCUGCAGAGUCAUGUUUGGGAAAACCAUUUUACAAAAGCAGUUUGUCCACUAAUUUACUUUGUCUUUAGAAACACAAUCUUAAUUAUGUCACAGGAAAUUAUAAUGAAUAACCUCUGAUUUUAAGUGUUGUCUUAUGUAACUGUAGCAAUGACGUCAUGGUGUGGAUUUGCUUUUCUUUAUUCCUGGUUUUGUCAUAAAGUUAAGGUACUUUAAAGAUGCACAGUGACUCACUAGUUUUGGUCUUUACCAACUUUUGGUAUUUUUAAUUUAUUCAAAAGAAAUAAAACUAUACAAAGCA